UAUCAACAUUUCAGUCGCUCCGUAACUUCUUUAAAAUUCAUUAAACAUUUACUUUCAUCUAUAGAAUGCAUGUUCCGCUAUUGACAGAUAUCGACGAUUAUAAUUAAGUAAUUAGAAAAACCGAAAACCACUUUGAAACUGAUUAGUUGAAAAUUAUUAAAAAAUUAAUUAACACAAAUGUAAACACUUUUUUAAACGGUGCUACUUUAUUUUUGAAUCGACCACUUUUAUUAGUAAUCGCUCAAUUUUGUGUACAACUUUCGCGGGUUUUUGGUUUACAUGCCGAAGAAGAACAACAUCGCAGGAGAUAAAGAUGCUGGUCUAAAUCGGGAAAUAUGGUACAGAAACUGGAAAUAUUUGAAUAUGCGGAUGAACCCAGUCGAAGGAAUCGUUUUAGAGCAAACGCCACAAAAAUAUUAAAAAAUAAAUUUCCCAUAGCAACAUGGCUUCCUCGAUACACUUUCGCCAUUUUUCUUCAAGACCUUCUUGCUGGAUUCACAGUGACCUUAACUGAAGUACCUCAAGGCAUUGCGUACGCGCUGGUAGCAGGUCUUCCAACCGAAUAUGGGUUAUAUGCUGGUAUUAUGGGAGGAUGUUUGUAUUUUUUUUUCGGCGGCUGCAAGGAUAUCAAUAUCGGUCCCACCGCCAUAUUAGCUUUGUUGGUCCAAAAGCAUGUCACGGCCAUGGGUCCCGAUGGUGCGGUUUUGAUUACAUUUCUAUCGGGGCUCCUGAUAUCUCUCGCCGGAAUUCUCCAUUUGGGUUUUCUGGUGGAGUUCUUCUCAUUUCCAAUAAUCUCGGGAUUUACGACGGCGGCUGCAAUCAAUAUAGCGUGCACCCAAUUAAAAUCCCUUUUAGGUAUCUCUGGCAAAUCUAGUAAUUUCCUAGAGGCAUGGGAAUCUGUUUUCAAGCAUAUUGGCGAAACUAGAAAAUGGGAUUCCAUAUUGGGGUUUGCUUCGAUCGUGUGUCUCUUUGCGCUCAGGGAAAUCAGAGUAUUAGGAUCCCUAAAGUACCGACCGGAUUGGACCAGGAGAAGGAACAUUAUCGGCAAAUGCGUAUUUUUUCUGUCGCUAGCCGGAAACGCUUUAGCUGUAAUAACGGGUACUACCAUAGCGUACGUAGCAGAAACCCGGUACAAUUCCACCCCCUUCAUACUCACAGGUGCUGUCAAAGCUGGAUUUCCACCAUUCGGAGUUAUACCGUUUGAGACUACUUGCAACGGAACAUACUUUAAUUUCGUAGAUAUGCUGUCGGAAUAUGGAAUGAGUAUCAUUUUUUGUCCGAUGAUUGCGUUCCUUGAACAUGUCGCCAUCGUUAAAGCUUUUUCCAAAGGCAAAAUCAUCGACGCCACCCAAGAACUGAUAGCCCUGGGUAUUUGCAACCUUGGAGGAUCGCUAGUCCGGUCGAUGCCGGCGACAGGCUCGUUCACAAGAACGGCGGUCAACAACGCAUCUGGUGUCAAAACCACCACUGCAGGUUUACUUACUUCCCUGAUGUUGCUGCUUUGCAUCGGGCUGUUAACGGGUUUAUUUCAAUACAUACCGAAAGCCACCCUCGCGGCCGUCAUCAUAGUCGCCAUGUAUUAUCUCUGCGAGUUUCACGCCUUCAUAGCGUUGUGGAAAACCAAAAAAUUGGAUCUGAUACCGUUCCUCAUAACGUUGUUGUGCUGUCUACUAAUCAGCCUAGAAAUCGGCAUCCUAAUAGGAAUAGGAACGAACAUGUUGUUCGUACUCUAUGAUAGUGCCAGACCGGACUUACACAUAGCGAAAACAAAUUUAAAUGGCCGCGGAUUCUACCUGGUAAAGCCGAAAGUAGGUUUACACUUUACAUCCGCGGAGUACUUCAGACAAAAGAUCCUGAGCGAAUGUGAAGACGCCAAAACUGCAGUAGUAAUCGAUGGAGAGUAUAUCAAAAAUGUCGACGCCACUAUCGCCAGGACAUUUGCCCAUUUGCUGGACGACCUUACAGUGAGGAACCAGAAGUUAGUGUUUUGGAACUUCAAUGAAAACGUAUUUGAGAUAUGCACAAGGGACAACAAGAAACUACUUCCUCAUUUCGAGAGGGAAACACUGGAAAAUAUCUUCGAAGCCGAGCCGAACGUAGAAACUACGAAUAUCGGAGCAUUAAUGUGAUACUAUUCUACAGAUUUAAUCGAUAACACUCUCGAUCAAUAGAAUUAAGCAGCCAUAGUAUAAGUUUCAAUUUUAUAACUCAAAUUGAACUGAAUUGUAAAAUAAAAAGUGUAAAUAAAAUUAGCUUAUCAUU